UCAUACAGAUCGAUCACAUUGUCAUGACAACUUUACGAAACACUUCAUUACGGAGAGUUAGCUGCAAACUAACUGUGAAUACAAUGUGCCUGUGCCUGGGACCCAAGGGGUCAGGAAAGACUCUGCUUCUAAAAAAGUUACAGAACUGGGAAGCAGUUGACACAAUGUCUAGUACUGUGCCAACAAUUGGCACAAACCUCGUUGCAGUUCCACUUGGGAACCGAAAAGAAAUUACUAUUAGGGAAAUAGGAGGGGCAAUGUCUCCAAUAUGGCGAAAUUACUAUUAUGGAAUAGAAAGUAUUAUGUAUGUAGUAGAUGCAAGCAACCUCUGCCAAAUUUCUGCUGCAGGAGUCUUGCUGUAUACAAUUCUUGCCGAGCCCUGUCUCCAAAAGGCAAAGAUCCUUCUGGUGCUGUCCAAGAUGGAUGCUUCAUACCGUCAGAUGAGGAAUGAGGCGCUGCUGAUGCUCCAGUUGGUGCGGCUGAAGAAGGAAAUCCUACAAGACACUGCAGUAGUGGAGGCCAGUGCUAUGACAGGAGAGGGCAUAGACAAGGUGCUCAAGUGGCUACAAGACAGGAGCACAGCUACUGCAAACUCUUAACAAGUGACUCGACCCGACACGUGUAAGGUUCACGCUGAUUAUUUGGUAUGACAGCCUGAACAACAGUCACAAUAGGCCAUCUGGUAGCAUUAAGAAGACUGAAGGCUGCAUGAAACAUAUCAGCAGGCUGGACUGGUACAUUAAGAAAUAUGACUGAUGCAAAUCUGGCAGAAAUGUAGUGCAAAUGCAAUAAAUACAAUUUUGAAAUUGUAAUGUAUGUACGAUUGAUUAUAAAAUAUAAUGUGCUAUUCUCAUCA